AUGUCACCUAUGUUCUUCCUUAUAAAAGGAAUGCUUUGGCAACUUAAAAAUAAGCAUGUUUACAAAUUUUCUUGGCCGGUAAUUACAUGUGAAGACCACGUGAUUACGGGUAAACAUGAAUUUACGGGUGAAAACCUUUCCCAGAGUGUGGAUGACAGCCUGGAGGAGAUGGACAAGUACAAGUCGGCAGGCGGCCACGUGUCCUACCUCAACAAUCUGGCUGACAAGACGAUUGGCUGCUAUCUGGCAUCGGUUUCCAUUGAGGACACCAUUGAGAUCCUGGUCAUUGGCAAGAUGAAGGGGCUGCACCACCGUGCAAAAUUUACCCUGCCUGAGCCUACCAAGACACUCGCCAUCAAGGACUACCCCUUGACCAUGUUUGAUAAAGUAACCUGGCCUGUUCUGGGCAUCCUGGCUAUCGACAAGGGCAGACAUGCUGUGCCCUGGGCGUGUGAUACCCUGGGCGUCAAUGCAAAGCAGAUAUCAUCAGCCUUGAAGGGGAACAACAUUAAGGGUUAG